CGGCGGCGGCGGCGGCGGCGGCGGCGGCGGCGCUGCUGCUGUUGGCGCGCGUUCGGGGUCACGAUGUCGACGCAGCCGUGCGGCCCGGGGCAGCGGCGCGCGGAGCCGGCGGACGCCCGCUUCGUGCUGGGGCUGGACGUGGGCAGCACCGUGAUCCGCUGCCACGUCUACGACCGGACGGCGCGGGUUCGCGGCUCCAGCGCGGGGAAGGUGGAGACUCUUUAUCCUAAGCCUGGCUGGGUGGAGAUUAACCCUGAAGUUCUCUGGGCUCAGUUUGUGGCUGUGAUUAAAGAUGCUGUCAAAGCUGCUGGAGCCCAGAUGAGUGACAUCGCUGGUCUUGGCAUAUCCACGCAGAGAGCCACGUUUAUCACGUGGAAUAAGAAAACGGGGGUUCCCUUUCACAACUUCAUCAGUUGGCAAGACACCAGAGCAUCUGAGUCCGUCAAAUCUUUGAAUAAUUCUCUUCUAAUGAAGCUAUUGCAAAACUCCUGCCGACUGCUUCACUUGGUCAGCAGAAGUCAGCGAAUGUUAACCAUGAGCCGCUUUGUCUUUACCACCCAGCAAGCCUGUCCACGACUGAUGUGGGUUUUGCAAAAUGUACCAGAGGUGCAGAAGGCGGUGGAGGAAGACAACUGUUGCUUCGGGACCAUCGACACCUGGUUGUUGCACAAGCUCACAAAAGGUUCGGUCUAUGCCACAGAUGUCUCCAAUGCUAGCACCACGGGAUGUUUUGACCCAUUUAAGAUGUGUUGGAGCGGGCUCAUCACCUUCAUGACCUCCAUCCCGCUCUCUGUCCUGCCCCCCGUGAAGGACACCAGCUACCAAUUUGGAUCCGUGGAUGAAGAGAUCUUUGGUGUUCCCAUCCCAAUAACUGCCUUGGUGGGCGACCAGCAGGCGGCCAUGUUCGGGGAGUGCUGUUUCCACCGAGGGGACGUGAAGCUCACCAUGGGCACGGGGACGUUCUUGGACAUCAACACUGGAAACCGCCCGCAGCACACGCUGGGAGGCUUUUAUCCAUUGGUUGGGUGGAAGAUUGGACAAGAAGUUGUGUGCUUAGCCGAAGGCAAUGCGGGGGACACGGGCACCGCCAUACUGUGGGCUCAGAAGUUAGAUCUUUUCACAGAUGCUGCUGAAACGGAAAAAAUGGCCAAAAGUUUGGAAGAUUCAGAAGGAGUUUAUUUUGUCCCUUCCUUUAGUGGAUUACAGGCUCCCUUAAACGACCCCUGUGCAUGUGCAGCCUUCAUGGGCCUGAAGCCUUCUACCAGCAAGUACCAUCUUGUCCGUGCCAUUCUGGAGUCCAUAGCAUACAGAAACAAGCAGCUGUACGAGCUGAUGCAGAAGGAGAUCGACAUCCCGGUCACCACCAUCCGGGCGGAUGGAGGCGUUUGUAAGAACGGAUUUGUCAUGCAGAUGACAUCAGACCUGAUCAAUGAGAAUAUCGACAGACCCACUGACUUCGAUAUGUCCUGCCUAGGUGCAGCUUCUUUGGCUGGCCUCGCUGUGGGGUUUUGGAAUGACAAGGAGGAACUGCAAAAGCUGAGAAAAAGUGAGAUGGUUUUCAGGCCACAGAAGAAAUGUCAAGAGUAUGCACUGCACAUGGAAAACUGGGUGAAGGCCGUGAAGCGCUCCAUGAACUGGUAUACCAACAUGUAGUGCUCAGUGCCCCAGGAGGGAUAAGGAUGGAUGAUGGACGGGCUGAUAAGCCAAUGAGCCACCACCGCUCAGGGAUUCCCACCCCACCAAUGGAGGACCACAUUUAAAAUGGGCUUCACAGCCUACUCUUAAACAGUUACCAACAACAAAAACCCAUCUCUUUUUAAACCCAAAUCUUGAUGAAAUUAUAAGGCAGAAUACCUCAAGAUUUUGUCUUCUGUUUUCUAGCCUACCCCAAAGGACCAUCAGCCAUUUCCAACUGUAUUUUCACAGUGUGAGUCCUCCUCUGGUUUUGUGUAGGCUAAUCCCUCUGAGAGCAUAAGUGUUCUGGGUCAAGCACUGGUUACAUUUUGUUCUGAAAUGAUGCAAAAAGUAUUCCUUGAAUUCUUUAAGUGGGCUAUUGGAAAUCCAUAUAACUAAAAAGACAAGAUAAGUGAGAAAAAUGUAUAAUUUUAAAUUAUUAGUAUGUGUAAAGCCAUGUUUCUAUGUCCCAUCCAAAAAUGAUCCAGUAGAUGCCAGAUAAGCUUAUUUGAUAGCCAGUGCUUGCUUUUCGUGAGCAUAAAGAUACUGCCUUAAUUCUGACUCUUGCAGCUCAAAUCUAAGCAUUUGUUAUAUGUUGAAAAACACUGAGAACCUAAUUGUAGUUCAUUGUAGUUUUGUUACUA